AAAGCCCUCGGCCGAAGUUCUGCCCCGUUUGUGCUGACUCGGCCCGGCCUGCGGAAGCGGCCUCUCGCCACACCUUCCUUCCCGUGCUGUCCCCGCUCCCCGGCUCAUCCUGCCGCUCCCGGCUGUCGGGCGGGGCUGUGCCGAGCCGUGUCCCCGCCGUGUCCCCCCCGUGUCCCCGCCGUGUCCCCCCCGUCCCGCUCCAGCAUGCGGCUGCCGCUCGUCCUGCUGCUGUUGCUGCCCGCGGUCCUGCCCGCCCGGUGCUGCGGGGUCCCGGAGGGCUCGGCGGGCGCCGUGCGGGCGCUGGGUGCGCGGCUGCUGGGGCUGGCGGGGGACCCCACGCGGGAUCCCGACCCCGCCGUGUACCUGGCCCUGCGCCUGGCCCGCGAGCACGACCCGCGGCUGGAGCAGCGCUACCUGGAGCGGCUGCAGGACGCCUUCCGGCACCCCUACGGCAGGAGCCUGCAGGCCCACGGCCACUCCCGGUGGGACGCUGAGCACAGCACGAGCGCGGCAGAGCCCCCGCAGACGGGGAGGCUGGCACUGUACCUGCUGGGGCUGCGGGCCGCCUGUCGCCCGCCCCGUUCCCAUCGCACGCUGGUGACGUGGCUCAAGCACUACCUGGAGGAGGACUGGAUAGGCUCCUGGCAGGACGGCCACCCCCUCACCAGUUACUACCAGUACGGGCUGGGCGUGCUGGCGCUGUGUGUGCACCACAAGCGGCUGCGGGAGGGGGUGAUCCGCCGGCUGCUCACGGCCCAGAACUACGGAAGGCUGGGGCACCAUGGCAGUCUUGUGGACACCGGGGCCGUGGUGGCGCUGGCCUUCACCUGCCUGGAGCAGAGGAAGUUGGUGGGGACCGACCUGGCGGCCGAGCUCCGGGCGGCUGCACACGGUGUCAGCAGGGGCAUGGCCGAGCUCCAGGGCUCCGACGGCAUCGUCGGCAACAUCUACAGCACCCCGUGGGCCCUGCAGGUGUUCCUGGCCACAGGUACAUGCCAGGAGUCGGAGUUCAGCCGGGGCAUGGCUGCACUGCUGGAGAACCUGGAAGCCUUCGGCACUGCCGCCACCAUGGCCCAGGUGCUGCCGGUGCUGCACGGCCGCUCCUACCUGGACAUCGCGUCCAUGCAGUGCCGGGAGGAGCCAGACACGCUGACACCCCUGGACACGGAGCCCCCGGCUGAGGUGCCGGGGAACAAGACGGUGCAGCUGGUGGUGGAGUGUCCCCUGCCCUGGUGCUACGAGCUCCGGCUCUACGACCGCCCCGUGCCCGUGCCCGCCUCCGCCUCCGUGCUGGGCGUGCUGCAGGCGGCUGCUGCGCUGGAGCCACACGUCUUCAAGUUCCACGCCCAGGACACGCCCCACGGCCCCUUCCUGACCCAGGUGCUGGGGCUGGAGGCCCGGCGGGAGAAGCGGAACUACUGGCGGCUCCUGCGUGCGCCCGACACCCCCCUGCAGAUGGGUAUUGCUGACUACAGACCCGAAGAUGGGGAGACCCUCAUUCUGCGCCUCAGCGAGUGGUAGAGGGUGGGGGGUGAUGGCAAUGAAACCCCGACUGCGGGCACAGGA